CUCUACUCCUCCUCUCUCUCUUCUCUAUCCGGUAAUGGAGGUGUGCUAAAAGACAUUUAAACCCCGCAGCAUCAAACCCUCGACGGUCCUGCAGUCAAGAUCCAGAAAAACAAACACAUUUCACACCCAUAGUCCAAGAUGCCGGUGGCUGUCGGUUCGUACGGACAGACGCAGCCCAACUGCUUCGAUCGGGUGAAAAUGGGCUUCAUGAUGGGCUUCGCCGUGGGAAUGGCUGCUGGAGCCAUGUUCGGCACUUUCUCCUGUCUCAGGAUUGGGAUGCGUGGCAGAGAGCUGAUGGGAGGCGUGGGAAAGACCAUGAUGCAAAGCGGCGGGACGUUCGGCACCUUCAUGUCCAUCGGGAUGGGAAUACGCUGCUGAGAGUGGAGGAGGAGCCACCUCCACCACUCUGUUCAACAGCUAUGGGACUAUGCUCUCUCUCUCUACGACAGUCCAGUUUUUGUCAAUAAAAGUUCCGAUUCGUCAAA